AGCUGUCAAGUAAGCGGCCUCCGCUCGCGCAUGAACUCGUGCCGCUGCAGUCGGCUGUUAUCACGUAAAAAAUCGACAAUGAAUCAUUAACGCGUCGUGUUUCGGCGACACUGAACGUCGUCACCACUUUUUUGUUGCCAACUCAAUACGCCUACUGCAUACUGAACAAUAAUAAAGUGCCGCGCAUUAUCAAUACGAGACUUCAAGAGUCUCCUCCUUUCAGAAGGCUAUAAGGAGACGGUAGGCAUCAGCAGGCGAGUGCACGGAACGGCGAUAGAAUGCGGCUCAUCAUCCUAGAAGACGCGAGCGUGGUAGCGGAGUGGGCAGCGCAGUUCGUGCUUCAGCGCAUCAACGAGUUCGCGCCCGGCCCUGGCCGCCACUUCGUGCUGGGUCUGCCCACUGGCGGCACGCCACUCGGCAUGUAUCGUAAGCUCAUCGAGUUUUACAAGGAGGGCCGCAUCUCCUUCAAAUAUGUCACCACCUUCAACAUGGACGAGUACGUCGGACUGCCUCGAGCUCAUCCCGAGUCGUACCACUACUACAUGUGGAACGAGUUCUUCAAGCACGUUGACAUCGAGCCCGGCAAUGCGCACGUGCUGGACGGCAACGCGUCCGACCUCAUUGCUGAAUGUGGCCGCUUCGAGGACCUCAUCAAGCAGGCCGGAGGAGUGCAUCUCUUCAUCGGAGGCAUCGGUCCGGACGGGCAUAUCGCUUUCAACGAGCCGGGCUCGUCACUGGUUUCGCGCACACGCGUCAAGACGCUGGCUUACGACACGCUCGAGGCCAACAAGCGCUUCUUCGGCAACAACAUCGCCAAAGUGCCCAAGCAGGCGCUCACCGUCGGCGUCGGGACGGUCAUGGACGCCAAGGAGGUUAUGAUCCUAAUAACGGGUGCGCACAAGGCGCUGGCGCUGGCGAAGGCGGUGGAGGAGGGCGUCAACCACAUGUGGACGGUGUCGGCUUUCCAGCAGCACCCGCAGUCGCUCUUCAUCUGCGACGAGGACGCCACACUCGAGCUGCGCGUCAAGACCGUCAAGUACUUCAAGGCGCUGAGCGCGGAGCACCAGAAGCUGAUCGCCGACACGCCCGUGCCGCUGCAGCGGCAUCUGCACUAGCGCCGCCCCCCGCCCCCGCCGGCGCCCGAGCACGUUGUCUUUGUAGGUCGUUUCCACUGACCAGGUGCUCAAGGUCGACCAAGGCAUUUUAAACUAGAAAUAAUCACUACGUACCCAAGGGCUCUCUUGUUGACGGUAACGGUCCGUUUUCUACAACGGACCGGUGCCCGUCGCCCAAUUGCAGUGAACCACGCCAGUUUACAUGAGUGUCUUCACGACCGACGCCCAGGACGGAUAGACGAUUCCGCAUCCAAACUAUAACUAAAUUAUGGAUCUUGAUAUAGACAUGGAUUUAUUCAUUAAUUACUUUAUAUAGUGGAAAAUAGACCUGUGCUAUGGGACAAAGCUACACAGUUAUAAAUAUAAGCAGAUUAAUUUUACGGCAUGGAAAGAAAUCUGUACGAUUUCAAAAGAGAGCUUCGAGACAUUAUCUGAUCAAUUUGCUUUUCUUUCUAGUCGACAUUAGAAACGUGUACACUCACUUCUUGUUUAAAACUGAACAGAUGUUAGGCACGGAAGCGUCUUCUUAUUUUAAUGAAUCAUUAACAAAGACGAACGUUGGGCGCCGGUCCGGUACCCGGAAAAAGAGCGACCGUCAACAAGAUCCUUCGAUUAACAUCCCGGUGCUUUAUUAACCCGUACCCAUGUCGCUGCGCGUGCACAGAGCCUGAUGGUGGAGCACAACAAGCUGAUCGCCGGCGCGCAAGCAUCCACGCAUUCCAACAAUAGGUAAUACUAGGUAUAGUACGCAAAGGUUAUAAUAUUGUGAUGUUGAAACUUUUUAUACAG